UAUUACCAUAUAUGACCCCUCAAGGGAGGGGACUUGAUCAUGAUGAGGGACUCUUUGAUUAUAAGAAUUUGGACCUGAUCUUCCUUGGCACUGUAUGACUCUGUACGUGAUGAACCCCUUCCCUAAUGUGGACAACAGUGAAUAUAUGCGGAAUGGGGACUAUGUUCCCACACGGCUACAGGCUCAGCAGGAUGCUGUUAAUACAAUCUGCCGGUUUAAAUUGCGAUCCAACCCAGAAAAUAAUGUUGGCCUUUUAACACUGGCAAAUACAGAGGUUUUGGCUACUCUAACAACCGAUGUUGGAAAAAUUCUGACUCCGCUACAUAAAGUCUUGCCAAAUGGAAACAUUAAUCUUCUUACUGGUAUCCGUAUUGCUCAUUUGGCCCUGAAACAUCGGCAGAGCAAGAAUCAUAAGAUGCGUAUUGUAGCCUUUGUGGGGAGCCCAGUAGAGGUGGAGGAAAAGGAGAUUGUCAAAGUGGCCAAACGCCUCAAGAAGGAAAAAGUCAACAUUGACAUCAUCAACUUUGGUGAAACAGAUUGUAACCAGUCACUACUGGAAGCUAUGGUUAGCACUAUUAAUGGCCGUGAGGGUGGCAGCUCUCACCUUGUCACUGUACCUCCAUCACCACACUUGGCUGAUGCCCUCUUGUCAUCACCCAUAGUGCAGGGUGAGGAUGGAGGACCUGCUGCCAGCUUUGCUACUGGUCAAGGCUUUGAGUUUGGUGUUGAUCCAAAUGAAGAUCCGGAACUGGCACUAGCUCUGCGUGUAUCUAUGGAAGAACAGCGGCAACGACAACAAGAAGAGGAGCGGAGAGUUGCUCAGGAGUCAACGACGGCUGUAACGCCCAUGGAAACAACACCCAAGGCACCCACAACAACUCCAACUCCCCAGACCACAGCACCAACUGAGGGGGGUCAGUCUGAAGAAGAAAUGCUUCAGCAGGCGUUGGCCAUGUCCCUGGAAGCAGGGGCUUUGCCACAGACGGCUGGUGCUACAGUUACACCCUCUCCAGGAAGUGCUGUUGCUAGCAGUGGUUCAGCCAGUAGUGCUGGCAAGGGCAGUAGUUCAGGUGGCAGCUUUCCCUCUACAGCCAUCCCAGAUUUCUCUGCAAUGACUGAAGAGGAACAGAUAGCAUAUGCUAUGCAAAUAUCCAUGCAAGAUUGCAAACCAAAGGAGGAGCCAAUGGAUGUUGAUCCACCUACAUCUGCUGCUAAGCCUGCAGAAAGCUUGAAGGUAAAGAAGGAAGAGGAAGAGCAAGAUUUUUCACGGGUAAUGGCAGAUCCAGCUUUCUUGGAGAGUGUGUUACAGAACUUGCCUGGUGUGGAUCCUCAGAGCCAGGUUGUGAAGGAGGCUGUGGGCUCACUCACCCAACAGGAUAAGGAUAAAGAAAAGGAUAAAGAUAAGAAAAAGGAGGAGAAAAAAUAGGAUUUACCAUUUUAGGCAGGAAAUAGUUAGUGUAUUUCUCUAUUUGCUUAAAAAAAAGUGAAGCAGCAUGUUCAAUCAUAGUGUCCAUAGGAUGGCUUUUGCCAGCAACAAAAUUUGAAAUGGUCUGCCAACCCAUUUCACCAGAUUGAAAGUUGCAGAGGUUACAAGGAAUUUGUAGGUAGGAUUGAUUCCUCAUGUGUGAGCAGAACAAAGUUCUGUUUUUACUAUGAUCACAACUUUUCUUAUAUUUGCUAGUUUUUACUAGCCAAUAAUUAUUAUAAGAGCUGAGCAAUUACUGAUAUUAAAAAUUAUAUAAUUCUGCCCAUUUGUAACUUGAACUGCUUUGAUAAAUUUAUGCAAUUUUCUGUUUUCUAUAGACAUAAGUUUUUAUUUAUCAGCAAUUUUUUUGCUUGUAUGUGAACUGCUGAUGAAAAGUUUAAAAAAUAAAUCUUGUACAAAA